GCCACAGCUUAUCCGGACGCCCAUCUGCGCUCUCCUGUGUGGAACUGCCAUGAUUGCUUGCUCAAAGGUAUCCGCUACCUCUAAGACUAAGCUGUCCCAUUCCACUGACUCACGGGCGGCGGGAGCCUGGGAGUGGCUUUUAGGAAUCACAGAACCCCAGUUCCUAGCCAAGUGGGCCUUAGUGUGAGCCUUUUCGGGCUCCAGGCCCUUGGUGUAGGUGUUCAUUCUUGGGCACUCCAGGGUGGUCCCGAAGCCCCCUGCCCAGGCACCGAGAUGGGGCGGAAGCCCUAGGGUUAGCUGUGGAUUGCCAAAGCCUCCUCCGUUACUUUUCCUGGGAGAGGUCUUCCCUCCCCUGUGCAUAUUCCUGGCUCCAGGGGCUUGGCUCCGUGGUGGGCUGGCGUGCAUUUGGUUAUCAAUUGAGGCUAGAGGCUUGAGCCUGGAAUCCUUAAGAAAGACACCUUUAAAGGAUGCUGCGACUGGGUGUAGGCAUCCUGCUUAGUGUUAAGUGCGCUGACGAGGUUCAAAGUCAGCUGAUGGGAGGCUUUUCUGGGCCAGAUGGGGUUAACUGGGAGGGACAAUUUGCCUGAGGCCUGUAGCUCUGCCCUCCGGGAAAUUCUACCAAGUAUCCACUUGCAUAUUUAUCAUCCGCCGGAAGGACAAUUUGCAACAUUGUUUUCGGGUGGUCUAUAGAUACUUCACCCCUCUGUCCCCCAACUGCCCAGAUUGCCCUGGAGACAAGGUGGCACAGGAAAAUAUCCAGUCCGUUAACCACCAUUUUAGGAGAUCUCUGCCACCCCAGGCAAACAGCUCCACUGGGGCCCUGGAUUAAGGGAAUGAAUAAACCAAUCUUAUUCCCAGGAUCCUGGUUUUGGUGCUGACGCCAGGGGUUGGGGGGGAGGGCAUAGAGUUUGCUCCUCAACCCUUAACAAGGUUUCCAGAGGAGUUUUUGUUUGUUUACUGAGGCCGAAGUUCAGGUUCCCUCUCCUUCUCAGCUUCCAUAAGACCUCCUGGGGUUAAGAUGCUUCAAGCCUACAGAAUUAUCAGCUGUGGUAUUGGCCGUUUUCAAAUGACUGGUCCAAUUGCCCGUGAAUUAGCACGUUGUGUAACUGUAGAGUUCUAUGCCAAGUAUGCUGAACUGUCUAAGAAUUAGUUUCCUAACCAUAAGAGGGGGAAGCCACUCAGGCAUGAUGCAUGUUUUUCAGUGACUUGAAGACACUUACUGGACCGUUGGUUCUUAGGACCAGAGAAGGGCAGAGAGAAGCUACAUCCCAUCCAACAGUAUGUAGUGCCUGCUGUGCACAAGGCAGCCAGGAGAUAAAGAUGCUGCCACCCUGGUGUUCCAGAAUCUUCUGACAGUAACGGUUAGGGCUCUAGGCUCUGGUUUAGUCCCUCUGGGCCUCAGUUUCCUCGCCUGUAAAAAUGGGGAUAGUAAUGAAACAAGUAAUGAAACCUCAUAGAGGUGUGAGGAUAAAUGAGUCAAGCGUGAAACACGGUAGGUGUCCAAUAACUCUAGCUAGAAUUAUUUGGGUUGGUGGAGAGACACAAAUACUAAAUUAAUUAUUAACCCUAUUACAGGAAAGUGAAUGCUCAGCUAGAAGCACAAGCAAAGAUGCAGUACAUUCUGAGCAGAGGAAGGUUUCUUGGUGUGGAUUUGAGGGCUGUGAGAGAAGGGGGAGAGGCACGCUUUAGGGUCGUAUGGGCUGAGCCCAAAGCUUGAGUAAGGACAGGACUCAGAGCUGGAGGGAGGAUGGGAAAUGGGCCUGGGGUCAGGGAGAGUCAAGGUGAGGAACUGGACAUGUAGCCAGGACAGGCUGUGAUGGUCAUGGGGCCAAGCUGAGAAGUGUGGGUGCUCCCGUGGGGGCAGAGGAGGGGCUCUGGAAGGUUUUUGAGAAGGAAAACCUCAUUUGGGUCCAUCUCACCAGCUGUGGUUGGGGAUACAUUAUCUGUUCUGAGCCUCAGUUCUCUGAUCUGCAAAAUAGAGAUAAGCGAAUCGGCCUCUCCAAAGCAUUGGGCAGAUUGCGAAUCGGCCUCUCCAAAGCAUUGGGCAGAUUACAUGAGACAAUGGAGGCAACACGCUGAGCAAUUUCGUGUGUGUGUAAACUGCCCAGUGGGGAGGUAGCCGACAGUGACUCAUAGCAAGUUUUGUUAAUGUCCAGUACUUUGUUGCCUACUGCAGGGACAAGGGAUUUACCAACUGGAUUGGCUGGAUUUAAGUAUUUUUAAAAAACCCACCCAUUUGAUAUUUGGAAGGUAACAUAAGCCCCAUCCCUAAUUCCCUGCCUGUUGACUUCAGUCUCCCAAGACAGAACUGGAUGUCCCAAUUCCCCCCACCAGUCUUGUAACUCACUGACCAUCUCCUUGGCUGACCAGACUUUUCUUCUUGACUCUAGACCCACCAAAGGCAGGGAGCAUUCCUGCUGAGCUUGUAUUUUCAGCACGCGGUGCAGUAAUGCCUGACUCAUAGGAGGACAUAAGUCAACAUAGAAGAGGAAUACAGGCAGGGAAGGAGUCAGUAGCAUCUGGGGGGAAAUAGGAAGCAAGACAAAAGGGAAAAAAGCUUGGAAUGGAUGCUUGAAAAAGCUUAAAUUAAUUUAAAGGGGGAAAAAGGAAUAGGAGAACAAUGCAAGUGUUAACUGCAGCCAGCUUUUAAGUGGAAUAUAGGUAAGUCGGUUUUUGUGGUUGGAAGGGUCUGAAUGGAUUUGUUGCAGAAACAGAAUCCACUGUAGCUCACUUAAGCAGACAGUAGUUAAUUAUGGGGUACUAAAUGGGCUAAAGAGAGACCAGGCUGAGCUCCCAGGAGUGACCCCCAGAGCCACACUACAGAACUGGGCUACCUAGGGAACUGCAGCCGCGGCCUCUUUGGCUGCUGUCGUGCAUCACGAUGCUUCUGCUAAUGCAGGGUGUGAAACAAUUGCCACAUACCUGCCUCGGCUCAAUUAACUCAGGCCCGAAGUCAAAUCUCCUGCUGGUGCAUGUAACUGGUGGUACCCCAGUCACAUCUAAAGACCACAGAUGCCAGGGAUUCUGGGAAAUGUAGUGUCUAGCUUUUGUAGCCUCUGCUGUACAGGAAGGCCCACCAGAGGAGCAGGAAUAGAGGCUGAGCGUGUCCACCCACAGGAUCUACUUCAGGGACCCUUAUGUGGUCCAAUCUCCUUAUUUUUGUGGGGAGAAAGGUAAAGCCAGAGAGGUUUUGUUGAGUUCGUCACAGGUACUAGUGGCAAAGCCCAACCCAAGGCUCCUUAUUCUUUAGCGUUGUUGUACUGCAUCGUGGAAGCCACCUUUGACGCCUUAACCAUUAGCACUGACAGCCUGACAUGAAGGAAUUGAAGCAGUUUCUCACCGUGACAUGAGACAAAACCACAGGGCUCAUCCCUGCCUCUCCCACACGUCACGCCCAGACCCAUGGGCCUGUCCCGGGGAAGUGCAGGCACACGUUUUGCAGAAAACAAGUCCCAUCAGAAUCUCGGUGUGGGCACCUACAAGCCCUGUGGCCACAGGCGGGUUUCAGUUCACCACAGGCACCUGCGGCGGCGACGCGGCGAUUCACACCUGCGACCUGUGCGGCAAGGCCUUUCGCCUGCAGCGCAUGCUCAACCGGCACCUCAAGUGCCACAGCCAGGUGAAGAGGCACCUGUGCAGUUUCUGCGGCAAGGGCUUCAACGACACCUUCGACCUCAAGAGGCACGUGCGCACGCACACAGGCAUUCGCCCCUACAAAUGUGACGUCUGCCACAAAGCCUUCACCCAGCGUUGCUCCUUGGAAUCCCACCUGAAGAAGAUCCACGGGGUGCAGCAGCAGUAUGCCUACAAGCAGCGCCGGGACAAGCUGUAUGUCUGUGAAGACUGUGGCUACACGGGCCCCACCCAGGAGGACCUGUACCUGCAUGUGAAUGGUGCCCACCCGGGCAGCGCAUUCCUCAAAAAGACAUCCAAGAAACUGGCAGCCCUCUUGCAAAACAAGCUGACAUCCACGCUCCAGGGCAAUGCCAACCUGAGCGAGGAGGAGGAGAAGUAGGAGAGGGCGUGGAUGCCAACGCUGCCACGUGUCCACAGAUUCCCGGUCUUGAGGGCCCCCUGACCCACGGGCUCUUUCUAAGUCCAAGUGUUCCGUCCAUCUCUCUGUCCUCUGGGAGCCUCGAUGGGGGGCUCCAUUCCAAGGCUGUCAGUGGUAACAGUGGCUUCAGGCCCCCGUAACCCGUAUCCUCAGGAACACUGUCACAUGAAUGAAAGCUUCUGGAUGGCUAUGAUCACCGUCUGGGGUUUGGGUUUUUUUUUUUUUUUUUUUUUUUUUAGGAUUUUCACACAUGGAGGCAGGGGUGUUCUUAAGAGACACCCCUUGGAGAGAUUGAUAUGGUGCCUUGAAAUAAAAGUACUUCCACUUGAAAUGCUCCUCCAGCAGGGAAAAUGAAUCCUAUUAUUCUGAAAGAGUUAGCAGGAAUUAUUUUAAUAAAGGAAACGUCCUGGUGACAUUUUCCUGAUCAGAAUGAAACAGGAGAGCGUUGACCUGUAGCUCCCUGUCCAGGGCAUAUCGUGGGACCUUCGACUUCCGGUUAUUUGUUUUGUACUAGUGGGUGGGUUUGAAGAAGGGCAUCGUGAGCGUUGGGUAAAGGUAGACAGCUGGUGACAAGACAGCCCCACACGUGGCUGCCAGGCAGAGGCGCUGGGCUCAGCUUGGCAGGUGGCUCACAGAUGUUCUUUGGGCCAGGGUGUUGCUGCAGAGAUGCUCUGGCCUCCAGGACCGGGCCUGCUGGCUGAAGGCCAUCCCCCCUCCGUGAGUCCAGCACCAGGGACAUCGUGGACAUCGCGGGGCCGAGGCUGGAGCAUGAGGAGACCCUGGGGGCCCUCAAUGCCCCUGCAGGGGGCGGGGUGGGGGGGAGGUGAUGGCGGCGUCAGCAUCUCCUUCCGGGCAUGUGACUGCUGCGCGAGGUGACCUUUGGCCACCUGCACCUCCUCACGUGGGAGGUUAACAAUAAAGCUGAUGGGGGGGGGGCGAGUGUGUGAGGUGGUCUCCAGGGUCCUUCUGUGCCUGCAGGGGCUGGAGAAAGGACCUAGAACUCUCAGGAGCCCCUGUGGCCGGGAGGGAUUGACUUAUAGGAGGUGCGGAUCAGCUGUGCCUGGGCGCUGCCGGGGCGGAGCGCGCAGGCUCAUUUCCACUCUGAAAGUCAAGGAAGUCUUUCUUUGGGAACGUUUGGAUGGUGAGGCCAUUUUCUUUCUUAUUUCCUCCCUCCCAUUCGUUAUCCUCCCUUGCUCCUCUCCUUCCCUACCCCCUUCCCUCCCACCUUCUCUCCCUACUUCUCCCCCCUGCCCCCUCCCCUGCCACCACUGUGGGCAGGGCCUCAUGUCAGGAUCCGGGCAGUUUAAAUGGUACAUCCCGUAUAACUCAACGUUUCUUUGGUGAGUCAGCACUUUUCUUUCGGAAGGAAGGAAGGGAGAGAGGGAGGAAAUAAACCCUCUUUCCGAGCACCUACGAUGCACCGGGCACUGAACCAGGCACCCCUCGCUGCAUGACGUCCUCUAGAGCACUCCUGGGGGGGUCAGCAUCCCUGUGCCAGGUGGUGGGGGGCAGGGGAGGCAACCACAGAGGCCAUCGGCCGGGCUGGCCGCUGGAGGAAGGGUCCUGGGCCCCUAAAUCUGGUCAGAACUCCUUUUUCCCUCCCUCUCCCCACCCUCCCUUCAAAAAGGAAAGACAAGGCCUCAGGUCCAACGUUGGCUACACAAGAGGCAAACGUGAGACUAGGGCAGGCUUUGGGGGAUCGUCACCCCCCGGCUUCUCUGAAGGUAAGACUCAGUGCUGCGGGCCAGCCUGAGGGGCCACCAUGGGUCCUGCUCUGCUGCAUCUGAAGGUCUGGGUGUUUGGGCCGAGGCUGCAGUGCCACAUGGCCUAAAUGGCCACGUUCGAGCAUCAGCGGUGGCAGGGUUGCCCUUGGGACCCACAGUGGCAUGUGGGGUGUGGUGGUUGCCCAGUGCAGCCUCAAGGGACACAGCCAGUGCUGAGGGCUCAGCCCUGGUCCAGUGGGCAAACUGGGUUGUGUCUCAGCAGUUGUUACAGGGGAGAGAGGCUAGAAGGUGGCUGAUUUGCCUUCCUCAGUUACCUGGCAUUCCUGUAAAGGAAUAUCUCAAUGACUGGCUGGGCCAGCUGUCCUGUGGCCGGUUUUGCGUAGGGAAUUGUGAACUAGCUGACGUGGUGUUCUCUUUAGGGUCAGAUUUUUAUUAAACAGAACUCUUCUGGUGGCACAUGACAGAAACUCGGUUUAAAAUGACUUUAACAGAAGAAAAGAAUGUAUUAGUUGUAAUGUCUAGGGUUUUUCCAGCUUCAGGGGUGGCUGGAUCUAGGUGCUUAAAUCAUAUCCUUUAUCUUUCUGUCUUUUAUCCAGUUUUCCUCCAGGUGGCUUCUUUCUCAGGCAGAUUCAAGUGGGGGCUGGAUGUCCAUCCACUGCUCUGGACAUCUGUGCAGCAGCCCAGCAGAAGGGGGGUUUAUCUUUUAGCCAAAGAUCCUGGGCUGAUGCUUCCUGUGUCUGACUGGCCCCGUCUGUCUCUUGUCAUCACCUCUCCCCUCCAACCCUAGCCAAUCACUGUGCUCUGCUGGCCCAGGCCUGAGCCGUGGGCUCCUGCCUCCUCCGAAGCAGGGCUGGAGAGAGCAGGCUGGCUACACCUCUGGCUUGGGAAAGUGCUUCCCCGGCAGAAAGCAGGGUGCAGUACCCAGGGAGGAAAUGGAGGUUGGGUAGGUGUACCAGCUAAGACAAGGCACAGCUGCUGGAACAAAGAUUCCCAGCAUGUGGUAUGGCUUAAAGGAGAGAGACGGGUGUUUCUUCCUCACCUAGCGGCUCUGGGUUGGCAGGUGGUUCUCCUCCAUACAAUCACUCAGGGACUGGGACGUCUUUUUUUUUUUUUAAUAAAUGUAUUUAUUUAUUUAUUUUUGGCUGCUUUGGGUCUUCGUUGCUGCACGCGGGCUCUCUCUAGUUGCGGUGAGCGGGGGCUACUCUUUGUUGCGGUGCACGGGCUUCUCAUGGCGGUGGCUUCUCUUGUUGGGGAGCACAGGCUCUAGGCAUGCGGGCUUCAGUAGUUGUGGCUCGUGGGCUCUAGAGUGCAGGCUCAGUAGUUGUGGCGCACGGGCUUAGUUGCUUCGCGGUAUGUGGGAUCUUCCUGAACCAGGGCUCGAACCCAUGUGCCCUACGUUGGCAGGCAGAUGCUUAACCACUGCGCCACCAGGGAAGUCCUGGAACCUCUUUCAUCUGUUGCCCUGGGACCUUGUGAACAUGUGCAUGGUUGGAGCUGGGGUUCUGGUUUUCAGCCAGUAAGAGAAUUGUUCUGGUUUGGUUUCCUUCAGAAGCUGCUUCUGAGUCAAGAGUUCAAGUUCAAGUUGCUGGCUUAGCAGGUGAUCCCAGAAAGCAACAGAUGGAGGGAGGUGGGGAAGUGGGACAGGAAAAGAAAGACAACGAAUGCAAGGGCUGUAACCGGAGAAGUUACUGAUGUGGGCAGUUGGAGCUUAAUCCAAGAGGGGAUUGCUGGGAGACUGUUCCCCCACAGGAGGGGCACAGCAAGCCAUGGUCCACUAGCUCCCCAUGCCUGGGGGUUUGGUUGAGGGUGCUGGCACUGGAGGCAUUCAUUUCUGGGCGCUUCCAGCCUGCCCUGUGCACUGGCCAGGCAUGCUUCCCGUGCCAGGAAAAGCCCUCAGGCAGAGUUCAAGGGCUUGGCCAUGAGCAAUCUUAUAUACCAACCACAUACAGCAGAUGCUGAGGGGACGUGGGUGGGGCAGCCCUGGGUCUGGUACAGGUGUGGACGCGUCACACCCACCCUCUGAAGCUGCUGCCCGGACGUGGCACACAGGCCUUCCACUCACAUUCCAGGGUGAGGAUUUUGCCAUGUUACCUGGCGGACAGAAAAAUGCAGCUUCUCAGCCACAGGCUCUUGUAUGCCAGAGCGGGGGAUGGAUUAUGGGAGCAACUCGCGGUCUCUGGCGUGGCAGGCAAAGCCAGCUGACGACCACCCGAGCCUCUGACCCCCUCCUCCUCCCAACCCUGUCUGUUUGUCCUGCUCUCAGCCAGUUGUCAGAAAAUCCAGCUACAGUGUCCAGGGUCAUGAUUUAGGGCACUGGUUCUCAGGUUGGCAGCCCUGGGACCUUUAGUCUGUAAGUGGUGAGGGUGGAGAUGGAUGAGCUGUUGUCAAUAUCUUCUGUCCCUCAUUGGAAACCAUCUACUAGCCUGUAUGAAGUCCACCCGGCAACGUCUUUGCUUUUGGUUGGUGUUAGGUCAGCACCUAGUACGGAAACGGAUUCUUGGGCUCAUCAGAAGUGCCCCUGGUGCUUUGUUUCAGAGAGAGGGAUCUGUUAUCAACCUGUGUGCUCUAUUUGGUUGAUGUCUUAGGCUGGGUUCCUUGAAGCAGCCUGAGACAGGGAAUCUAGGGUACGUGAUUUAGUGGGGGAGGCUCUCAGGAGAAACCAAUAAGGAAGUGAGGGAUGCAAGUUACAACAGAGAGAAACCAGACAAGGCUGUGGGUUCCGCUGGAGUCUAGCCUCAGCCCGAUCCCAGGGGGAGCUCUGGAGUGUGAGGUGCCAUAGAUUGUCCCACCGCGAGGCCAGGGGCCGGCCAUUGACUUAUCCCUGGGCAGGGGAGGGGGAAGGCAGGCCCACCGGCUGUUCAGCAGCCAGCCCUUUUGGAACCUGGGGGUGGUUCACGCGGAGGUUUCCAGGGUGAGGGAGGGAGAAAUCACAGGAGUGGAUUCUUAGGGGUGAAGGAGAUUCGAGGUCCAAUAGCUAUACUUUGAUAAGGGCCCUUUUUGGGAGCUAAAGGAGUGAAUCACUUAUUGCAAAUUAUGUGGUGUUUGGGGGGGGGAAUAAAAAAUGUUUUUAAACGUAUGCAGAGAAGUGUCUUCCCCCCAGAUUCGUUUCUCAUCUGCCAAACCUCCUCUACUGUCAUCAUCAGCCGCUCUUAGCUUCUUGUGUACCUUUCUUGAGUUUCUUUACUCAUAUAGAAGCAAAUAGGAAUGUAUGUAUCCUUGUUCCCCACUGCUGUUUUUAAAAUUAACGUAUAGCGUUAUGCAUACUCUUUGGAACCUUGCAUUUUUCUUUUUUGAAUUUUAUUUAUUUUUUAUUGAAGUAUAGUUCAUUUACAGUGUUGUGUUGCUUUCUGGUGUACAGCAAAGUGAUUCAGUUAUACAUAUAUAUUCUUUUUCAUAUUCUUUUCCAUUACAGUUCAUUAAAAGAUAUUGAAUAUAGUUCCCUGUGCUAUACAAUAGGACCUUGUUGUUUAUCUAUUUUAUAUAUAGUAGUUUGUAUCUGCUAAUCCCAAGCUCCUAAUUUAUCCUUCUCCCCUCCAUUUUUCUUUUAAUAAUACAUCUAGUAGCUCUUUCCAUAGUAGUACAAAAAAGUGAUCUCAUUCUUCUUUAUAGCUAUCUGUUAUUGUAUUGUAUGGAUGUACCAUAACUUAAUCUGUCUUCUACUGAUGGACAUUUAUGUUGUUUCCAAAGUUUUGCUACUACGAAGAAUGCUACAGUGAGUAACUCUCUACAUUUGUGAUUUCACAUAUGUGCAGACAUAUCUGUGGGAUAAAUUCCCAGAAAUGCAAUUGUUAGGGCUAAGGGUGGACCUGCCAUAACAUUGAUCAAUAUGGCCCAAUUGCCUAGCAUGGAGACGUACCAAUUUGAUUAGCAGUCCCACCAACAAAGUGUGAGACGGCCCUUCUCCCCACCACCCUGCUGACCUUAUAUUGCCAUGGUUUGGGAUUUGGACCAAUCUGAUAGGGAGAAAUAGUUUCUCAGUGAAUUUUGUUUUACGUUUUUCUUAUUCUGUGUGAAAGAGGUUACAUAGCUUUUCACAUGAUUAAGGGCUGUUUGUAGUUCCUUUUCCUGGGAGCUGCCCGAAUGCCCAGUUUUCUGUGGGGUGGUUGGUCUUUUUUUCUGCCCAACCUGUAGGAAUUUGUUUGUUUUGAAUAUAUCGGGAAGUUUUGUUCUUUGUGGUUGAAGUUGCUGGUUUUCUCCCAGAUCGUUGUCAUUUAUUCUUCAAUUUUGCUCAUGCUGUUUUUUUUGUUUUGUUUUUUUGUUUUUGGGCCAAGCAGAAGUUUUGUGAUGUUUAUGUAGUUUGAAUUGAUCCAUCUUUUUCAUUUAUGCCUGCUGGAGACCGAGUCAUACUUAGAAAGGCCUUCCCACUCCAAGGUUGUACCGGAAUCCUGUCAUGCUUUUUUCUAGGACUUUAAUGGUUUCAUUUUAUCACGUAUAAAUCUUUGAUCCAUUUGGACUAUUUCCUGGCGUAUAGUGGGAGGUAUGGAUCCAACUUUAUCAUUUUCCAGAUGGCUGACAAGAGAUAUUUUUUAACAGGGAGCUGGUCCAAAACACACCAGAAAACACUGUCUUCAGGAAAAGGUCUUAUGCCUCAGCAGAAGGUAUUGCAAAUUAUAGUGAGGAGCAGUUUUCUUUAAUUAGCAGAGAUUCAUUUGUUCAGCGAGUAUUAACUGAGUGCCCACUGUGUGUUCGGUACUUUUCUAAAUACUGAGGCUGGAAGAAAUGGACCCAAGUCCUUGCUCUCCGGGUGCGCCCAUUCUACUGGGGGGAGACAGAUAAGAAAUAAGCAAAUAUGGACUGUGUUAUUUUGUUUGUUUUCUGGUUUUUUUGGUUUUUUUGGCUGCACUGUGCAGCUUGUGGGAUCUUAGUUCCCCGACCAGGGGUUGAAUCCAGGCCCAGGGCAGUGAAAGCACCAAGUCCUAACCACUGGACAGCCAGGGAAUUCCCCUAUGUUAACUAGUAUAGAAAAAAUAAAAUUUGGUGUUCCAGUUACUAUGGCUAUAAAAGCUGUGUCAAAACUUCGGGGCUCUCUGGGGCAGGCAUUGGGACGGGGUACAGCACAGGGGCAGAGGGGGUGGCUCUCCUCUGCUCCAGGGUGUCUGGGCCCGUGGACUGUCUGAGGGCUUGUUCACUCGUGCAUCUGGGGGCCGAUGCUGGCUGUCACCUGGGGUCUGGAUUCCCCUCGCUGUGGGCCUCUCCUUACAGGGUCUCUCUGUGGGUUUCCUCCAACGUGGUGGGUUCCCAGGGGCGUGUUCUGAAGCUUCUGGAGUCCUGCUGGGUCACUUCUGCCGCAUUUUAUGUCAGAAGCGAGUCCCUAAGGCUGGUUCACAUUGAGGGGAGGGAAAUGAGUCUCCCUUUUGAUGGGAGGAGUGGUUCUAGAAGAGCUUAUGGGAACCAUCCACGUUGCUACGGCCCUUUUUAGAAAAUGGAACCUGCCACCUACAGCAAGGAGGCUGGGACCAGGAUGGACAGGUGAUGUUGGUGGGGAGUGUUGGUGUUUUGUUUUUGGGGGGCAGGGACGUGUGGCCUGGAAGAAGUGAGGACAGAGGGAAGAGCAAAGGCCGACCGAGGCCGGGAAGCAGGAGCGCGUGCGGCCUGCCUGAGAGCAGGGGGUGAGGAGAGCUGGGGCGAGUGUUGACAGGUCAGGGAGGUUGGGGGCAGCAGGCGGCCACUGCAGGUGGUCUGAAGACAUCAGCUUUUCUUCUGAAUGAAUCAGGAAACCAUUGAGAGCUUUGAGCUGAAGAGUAACAAGAUCUCACUUAGGUUUGAGCGGACUGACUGUGGCUGCUGUGGGAACAGAUUUGGAGGUGGGAGGCCUGGGUGGAGGUGGGGAGGCCAGCUAGGAGGCCACUGCAGAAAUAAAGGCAGGACACAAGGAAUGUUUGGACCAGGGUGAUGGUGGAGGAGGUGGCAGGAACGUCCAGAUGCCGGAUAUGUUUUUUGUGUGUUUGUUUUUUGUUUUUUUUUUGGCGGUGCGUGGGCCUCUCACUGUCGUGGCCUUUCCCGUUGCGGAGCACAGGCUCCGGAUGCACAAGCUCAGCGGCCAUGGCUCACGGGCCCAGCCGCUCCGCGGCAUGUGGGAUCUUCCCAGACCGGGGCACGAACCCGUGUCCCCUGCAUCGGCAGGCGGACUCUCAACCACUGCGCCACCAGGGAAGCCCCGGAUGUGUUUUUGAAAGUAGUGCUAACGGGGUUUGUUGAUGAGCUGGACGUGGGUUAUCGACAGACCAUACAGCUUUCUUUGUCUGGGGCAGUUUCAGUGUAUAUAUGAACGACACGAUCAUCACCCUGGUGUUGAGAAAGAGAGGAGUCAAGGAUGGCUCCAGAGUUUUUGUGCAGGCGUCGCAGUGCCACUUACUGAGGUGGCGCCGACCAAGCAUGAGGAGCUGGGUUGGGGAGGGGUGGGGUCAGGAGUUCCGGUUUUUGAGCUUUUCAAGUUGCUGAUGAGACAUCCACGUUGCCUGGGAAGGUGGGAGCUCCCUCCUGAGGUCGGAGGUGGAGAUGCGAACCUGAGCCUCGCUGGAGCAGAGAGCGAGAAGCCACAAGGCUGGAUGCUGUCCUUCCAGCGAAGAGAAGCACCGCGGGCACGUGGGCACGCCGGCGUGGAGGUUAGGGAGUGAAGGGGGGACCCAGUGAUGGGGACUAAAAAGGAGCUGUCAUCGGACAGGAGGGACGCGGUGGAGGCAAUGGGGCGGGUGCACCUUCACGGGUGUUUUCCGUCACCGGUGGGCACCUGCUCAUCCCUUUGAACGAAAAUCUUUCUCAGUUGUGUGUAUUUCCUCAUCUUCAACGAAGGACUGUGAACACAAUCCGAUCUGUUACGAGUGACCUGGUCACUUUAUAAACGUCGCUUGCGGUCACACCGUUUGUGUGCAAGCCUUGGCGAGGCGCCGUGGCCCACCGGCUGCUUGUUCCCGCGCCCUGCAGCCCAGGCCGUCCCAUCUGCCGCUGCACGAAGCAUCUGCCCUCCCCCGGCCGUCACUUUCUCCUUGUCCUCUCACCGUGCCUCCUGCUUUCAUCCAGGACUUGUCUGAUGACCGGCUCGCUGGGCACCCUGGAAUCACAGGUGACGCGGGGGCUGUCCUGUGACCUUUGGUCCCUGUUUAGGCUGCUUUCCUUACCUCUGCAUUUUCCCUGGAUAAUUGCUUCCUGGAAGGUGACUUUUGGAUAAGCGGAGUGAACUGUAAAAGUUAUUCUGAUUCACCUGGUUAUACAGCAGCAACUAACACAACAGUGUAAAGCAAUUAUACCUCAAUAACGAUGUUAAAAAAAAGUUAUUCUGCUGCCAACUUAAUUAUGUUGUUCACUGUUUACUAGGCAGCCCCACCCCACAUGUCUCAAAUGUCGUGUUAGACCCGGGGUCGGGGACUGCAGGGAGUGACCCAUUAGUUCACUCGUACAAGUAUUAGUCGUGGGCCUACAGACAAAGCAGGCAAAAAACCCUGCCUGUCUGUUUACAGUACAUUUUGAUUUACAGAAGGUAGGACAUAGAUAAAUUAGUGAAACAUGGAGCGUGUAGGGGGCGCUCAGUGCUGUGGAGUCACACAGCAGAGAAGGUGCCUGCGAGAGCCGGGUGCUGGGGGGCUGUGGGUGAAACAGGUGGUCCUGGGCCUUGGUGGGAAGGUGACGGGGAGUCUGCACCCAAAAGCUUGGGAUCCAGUAGCAUUGAGAUCACAUGACUGUUGUGGGUCACGGCAUGUCUGGUGCUUCCCGUCACGCCGAGGUCAACUCCCUGCUCCGCUUCUGUGGCCCGCAGGCCUCCCCCUGACCCCGUGGCCCAGCGCUCAGCUCCAGCCUCGGUGACUCUGCUUUCCUCUCACACCCCAGGCACAGUCCUGCCUCAGGACAUUUGCACGCCCUUGACUGCAACAUGUCUCUCGCCUUCACUUUAUUCUGGUCUCUGCUCGAAUGUUGCACAAUCGAUGAGGCCUUCUGGGUGGCCGGCCCCCAGUGCUCUGCCCCCUGUGCAGCCCCCUCCCACGCCGAAUCUGUGUUGGCCCUGUGACACUAACCAACACUGCGUGUCAGACGUGAUGCUGUGCUACUCCAGGCCUAAGCCUAAAGAUGGCCUGGCAGCUUCUGCUUUUGAAUUUGGGGAGCCUUGAGAUGCCACGUAAGAAGUCCGACUACCCUGCUGGAAAGGCUGUGGGAAAGGCCACAUGGACAGGCCACCCAGAGAGGGAACAGCCCUGAGACUGCAUGGAGAGAGGGGCCCAGUUCUCCUAACAUCCCAGCAGAGCCCUGGCUUCUCGCCAUCCUGCCAGGACACAGAUGUGUGAAUGAAUCACCCUGGUCGUUCCCACCCAGGGAAGCCUCAGAUGACUGUAGCCCCAGCGAAACUCCACGGGGUGGGGGUGGGGAGGGGGCAGAAGAACCACCCAGCUGAGCCUAGUCAGUCCACAGAAUCUUUUUUUUUUUUUAACAUCUUUAUUGGGGUAUAAUUGCUUUACAAUGGUGUGUUAGUUUCUGCUUUAUAACAAAGUGAAUCAGUUAUACAUAUACAUAUGUUCCCAUAUCUCUUCCCUCUUGCGUCUCCCUCCCUCCCACCCUCCCUAUCCCACCCCUCCAGGUGGUCACAAAGGACCGAGCUGAUAUCCCUGAGGCCACAGAAUCUUGAAUGAUAAUAAAUUGAUUGUUUUCAUCACUUAGUUUUGAUAAGGCUGCAAAUAACUGGAACCCUGCCCCUGGCCACCCACUCAAAUUGCAGCCUCUGUCUCUAUUUCCUUUCUUCUGCAUUAUUUUUCUUCACAGCCCUUAAAUUUCCUGACAUUUAUACAUGCAUCUGUUUACUAUCCAUCUCUCCCACUGCCCUGCAAUCUCCAUGAGGUGGGAAUUUGUUCGUUCUGCUCACGGCUUUAUCCCUGGAGCUGAGGACAGUGGCUGGUUCAUAACAAGCCCUCCAUACAUACUUACUGAAUGGAUGAGUGGAUUACUAUCCCCUCUUCUGAGAUCAAAAUGGCCUUGGUUUUAGAAUGACCCUUUUCCUCUAAGAAAAAAAAUCCAAUCCCCAGCUCAUAAGGGCACACGCUGUUCUGUGAGUACCUCCUGUAACUGACCUUAGGCAUGAGAAUCUGCACAUUUUUAUUGAACUCCUGCUACAUGGAAGACUGCUUGGAAAGCUAACAGAUAAACAUUUAAAAAUAAAACAGCAACUUUAAACGAAUCCAGUUGCGUGUUUGGAGAAUCCCCUGUGUUCCCAAAGAGGGGGCAAGAAGCAGUAGGUGAUGGGAAGCCAGCCAGAGGAAGGGGCGGAGGUACCAGGCACCAGGUACCAGGUAGGAGAUGCAUGGAGGGCUGCUCAUGCCUCGCAGGGCCCGCCCUGCACACCCCGCCACGGAAUAAUCCCCCGGAGAGGCCUCUCGGGCCCUAGAGUCCGGCCUCCUCUGCAGAGGGCCCGAGUCCUGCGGCUGCCACCACGGUCCACACAGUUGCUAUUUCGGGUCUCUCCUUGGUUCCAUCCGCCUGACGUUUUCUCAUCGGAUUCCAAGCCCAGUGCACCAUUUUAGCUGACGUGGGGGAGUGUUUCGUGGGGACAGCAGAUGGAUGGGAUGACAGCUAGCAGGCUGGUGAGGACAGCUGGGAAGUGCUUCUCCUGUGCCCGAGCUGUUGGCUGUGCACGUGCCCAUUGGAGUCUGGACGUGCCUUGGGAGCAGCAGCCUGUGCUGGGGACGCCGUGCGAGCUGCCUCCAUGUCCCGUGCUGCUAGGCAUGCUCCAUUCAUCCAGUCGACCAGAUAACUUACGGACUGAGCCAGCAGCACGCCUGAGACAGUGGCUUAUUUGCCCCCAGGAAGUGUGAGGUGGUUGUGGGGAAGUGAAACAUAAGAAAGCCCGGGGUUAACGGGGAGCAGGUUACCGCUGUGGGCAACCGGGCCUCAGCCCCACUGCGGGACUCAGGGCACCCCAAGGGGUGGGGAAGCUGGGCUCUUCACCCACCACCUCCUAUGCUCCACUGGCUGAGGGUGGACCCCCGGGCGUUACCCUCGUGGAAUUCGGUCUGCCUGCAGCCCAACGAAACCUCCAGGCAGAAGUUCUCAGGUUCUUACUAAGAUGCCUUAGUCAGCUUGGGCUGGUACAACAAAGUACCAUAAAUAGGGUAGCUUAGAAACAACAGAGAUGUAUUUCUCACAGUUCUGGAGGCUGCAAGUCCAAGAUCAGCGUGGUAGCAUGGUUGGGUUCUAGUGAGGGUCCUUUUCCGGGUUGUAGACAAAUGCUCGCCAAAUUCUCGUGUCCUCACAUGGCAGGAAGAAAGCAAGCCAGCUCUUCUUCCUGUAAGGCCACUAAUUCCAUCAUGAGGGCUCCACCCUCAUGACCUAAUCACCUGCCAAAGGCCCCACUUCCAAACAACAUCGCUUUGGGAUUGAGGCUUCAACAUACGAGUUUGAGGGGACACGGCCCACUGCACCGUGGUUUCGAACAGCGAGCGCUGAGGGGACGCGGACAGGGUGAGGCGGGGUUUGCUACACCGACCAGCACUGCCUGCGCGUCCGCUGCGGGUGAGGUGUGGUGCCAGACCUGGGGGUAGAAGAAACACAAACCGUCUAGUGGGGGCAGUGGCUGUAUGAGCAGAUGAGGUGGACACUAACGCAGAGGCCUGGCUCAGACGCCACGGGAGGCAGACCACACUGAGGGCAGCGGGGAGCUUCGCAGGGCCGGGGACGUGAGCCACCUCUUGACAGCCGCAUGAAGUUCAGGAUCAUGUGCGCGUGGUCAGCCGCUCACAGCGUCUCUGCCUCACGUGGCGGCUGCCUUCUGUGAGGCUGGACGGCUGGGAUACUUGCUCCCCCAGGCAUUCAGCAAAGGGGGCUGGGCUCAGGCAGCCCCACAUCCCAGGGUGACACCUUUGGUGCCAGGUGGGGAGGGACAGCAGCCCAGUGGCCCUGGUGACCAAUCAGAGGGUCCUGGCAUUGGAAGUGGUUGGAGAGGCCCCUGGCCCUGCUCCUUGCCCAAGUCGUGUCUGGCUAGCUCCUUGCUUUUAAGACCACACGGGUGGGGAGUGUGCCCACGCUUUGUCACCUGUGCCAGUGAUUAAGGAGCAGACCAUCCCUUCCUUGCGCCCACUUCUUCAUGCCUGGCCUCAGGGAAUAUCCUUAUGACCUGCUCUGUUUACACAGUAGCUUACAGAUUAAGAAGCAAAGUGACAUACAUGCUCAUGAUUGGUUCUUACAGCCACUCUGUAAGGCAGGUAAGAAGUUAUUAGCUUUGGGAAACCAAGGUUUCCCAAAUGCCAACGGAUGGGCCCGAGGUGACGUAGCCAGGACGUGGCAGGUCCAGGAGGCACACCCGGGUCCUUGUCCCAUGUGUCUCCCUCGUUUUAGAGCCCCCCAGAGGCCCAAGGGCUGUCACGAGGGUGGGAGGGGGCUAAACAGGCCAUUCUCUCCCUCUGGUCUCUGGUCCGGCCUCAGCAUUUCCCAGAUGGCUUGAGACCAUAUUGUGUGCUGCCCAUGUGCUGCUCUAAAUAACACGAGCACGCAGUGAAAAAGGCCUCUUUUCUCUCCGUAUUGAGAAGAAAACCGCUGUAGGCUGUACCUUUUGGCCCUUCUUUUGCUCGAAUACCCUCUUUAACCAAGAGAAAGCAGGCCUCAGAUUUGGCCUUCGGAAAGCAAGGGAACUGAGUUAGAAUGAAUAGCACUGUUUUGUUUUUCUUGUAUUUAUUAUACAGCUGCCUUCUGUUUACAGCAAGUCAUAGCUGUUUUUCAAGGUGGUAGUGAGAUACAGUUUGCUUUUGAAAUAAAUUUCUUUAAAUAAGAAGAGUGAACCUGUUGAAAGAAAAACAUCGUGUAAAUAAUUGUCUAAGUGGGGACCU